GGAGAUUCAAGAAUACUGCUGCCUCAGUCCAUGUUUCCAAGAAAAUGUUGAUCUAGGUGUACAACUGCCAAAGUAGAUACAGAAUCCUGAUUGGACCCUGCUGAUAGUAGUGGUAUAGAUGCCCACAUCACAGUUUCUUCAUUCCAUCCACUCCACUCGCCUGCCUGUUCUACUGCUAGCACAGCCACAUGGUCUCAUCAUGUGGUUCAUCCAGAAAGAUCCUUCAAAUACAGGACAGACCCCACCUGGGUGAUGCAUGGCCAGCACACCCACUACAGGCUCAUAAGGUAUUCCUGGAGGAAGCCACUAGUACUUUGUGGACAAAUGAAGUCUUCCCUUUUGAAACGAAGCACAGUCCUUUGGCGUUCUGAUUCAAGCUACCUAUAGGCAGACCUGGGAAAUGAAGCCCUUCACACCAACACUGGUGACCUGCAAUCAGACUCACACAUGAAAGACAGAAAGUAUUUGGAAAGUGUGAAAAAUAUGGGCUGCUAAAAAUUAAUAAAGAUCAGUCAUUGCAGUGGGAUAGUCUUGGUGUGGAAGUGGAUUAUUUUGUGAAGAAGAUGUACUUGAAGCAGUGAUGCUUAAAGCGGUUGAGAGCUACACACAGGAGACGUGAGUGAUGUAAAGAACUCAGCUUGACAGUUAAGCCUUCGAGCAGGAAGGAUGAGAGUGAGCUUCUGCCAGGGCCUCCUAACUGGGGCCAUAGCUCUGAACCUGCUGAUCCUCUACUAUGUGUCCCGGGCCCAGCAGCAGAUGAUGGAGAAGCGCAGGGAGCCGGGGAAGGGUUUGCCAAAAAAGGCACCCCUGCCCGCAGCUGGGAUGAGUAUUGGGAUGGGCAUGGGUAUCAGUGGCAAUAGCAGGAGCCCUGGUGUCACAGUUCUGUUGCGUGAGUUUGAAGACUUUGAGAACUAUGUGCAGGAGGUGGCACAUUCUUUCUUGCGACAUCGCCCUGAGCUAACGUUCUUGGUGGUGGCGGACACUCUCCCUUACCCACCCCUGCAGCUGCCGGAGGGGGUGCGUCUUGUGGUCCUGAAGCCUGCUCCAGACCAGCCCCCGCAAGUGUCUCGGCCAGAGUUCUUUAUUCAAACGGAGUACGUCCUUUUUGUGCCAGACGGCGUGGAGCUGGACCUGGGGAGACAGUUGGAUCGGUUGGUUAGAGAGCUGGAAGGGGAGGGCGGGGGGCCAGUACGACUGGUGGCGGCCCCAGUCCUGUCCCGGUCGGCAGUGCAGUGCCUCCAUUUACGAGUGAGCCUGAGGGAGUGGACAGCCACCUACACCCCAGCAGCGUCAGGGAGCAGUGGCAGUGUGUGCACAGCCCUGCGUGGGGAUGCUGUAGUCCUGACCCGGACAGAAGACCUCUUCAAUCUUUCAAGCCCUCUUGCCCGGCCGCUCAUGACCUCUCUGUUCAUCCAGACUUCCUUGCGGGGAUGGAAGGUCAAGCUUCUGGAGGGGCCCUCUUUCGGCUCGAACCGCAGGCCUCUCUUCGGCUCAGCUCACAAUCAGUGGAAGGCUGACAGCCGCCUGAAGGAGUACACGGCACGGCUGCUACGCGAAUUCGGGAUAAAGCGGGUUAUUAAUCCAGAUGGAAAGGAGCAAUGGUUUGGUUGCAACAAGGAGAUGCCCCGAUGCUUUGGGACAAUCCAUGAUGACACCCCCGAAUAUCUCUACUUGGAGCGCUGGACACCCCCCUGCUGUCUGCGUGCCCUACGGGAGACAGCUAAGUAUGUCAUCAACAUCUUGGAGAGCUCAGGAGUCCGUUAUUGGCUGGAAGGGGGGACUCUCCUGGGUGCUGCCCGCCACCAAGAUAUUAUUCCCUGGGACUUUGACGUAGACCUGGGCAUUUACCUGGAGGAUGUACCCAACUGCGACUACCUGAAGAACUUGGACUCCGGCUCCCUUGUGGACGCCAAUGGCUAUGUGUGGGAAAGGGCAGUAGAGGGGGAUUUUUACCGGGUUCAGUUCAGCGAGGCCAACCACCUGCAUGUGGACCUUUGGCCUUUCUAUCCCCGCAACGGUGUGAUGACCAAGGACACCUGGAUGGACCACAAGCAGGAUGUGGAAUUCCCUGAGCAUUUCCUGCAUCCCCUGGUUCCUGUCCAGUUUGCCGGAAUAACCGCCUAUGCACCCAACAACUACCGUAGCUUCUUGGAACUCAAGUUUGGGGAAGGGGUGAUAGAAAACCCCCAGUACCCCAACCCUGCUAAAAAACGACUGGACAGAAGUAGACUCUGAGUACUUUGAGAAGCAGGACUGUGGUGGUCUUAAAGAGUACUGCAAGGUGACUGAUAUUACUUUCAUCAAAUGACUUGAAAAGAUUCUCAGGAGGCUGAGAAAUAUAUAACUGUUAACACUCCUUUCUUAUAAGGUUCUCUCAGAUUUUUCAGAUUGAAAUAAGAUUCUUACAGUGCUGAACUGGGUUAUUACCUUUUUUCAAAUUCAGAAUUAGAAAGAACAUGCUGGCCAGCCAUGGAAUAUCUGUAAUAACUCCCAUGGAUGAAGUUCAUUCUUCAUGACAUUUUAUUGACUGCAUAUUUACAUUUGUAAAAUAAAAAAACAUUAAAUAAACCAGUAAUCGCAUAAGCUGUCAGACAAAGUAGAAUGAUUAAUUUUACACAAAACUAUUCCCAAAUCAUUGAGUGAAAUGUAAAGAUUUAAUGGUUCUUCCUCUUUACUCAGGAGUGCAGUGUGUCUCAGAUGCAUAAUCAGGCCUCAUGUUAAGUCAGUUUUUCUUGUUUCAUUGUGAUGCUUAUUUCAACUUGUACAUGCUUGGCUUCUUUUUGAACUGAUGUCAUACAGUAUAUGAAUUGUCACUUUCAUCUAAUGCAAUGUAUGAUUGAUGUGCUAGAGUCUUUCUCUUAUUGGAUAACUUUUACCCUGAAUAGUCAUGGAUGCCAGACUGGGAUGGAAUAGCUCAUUAAUCUUAACUUAAAUAUCAUAAAAUCAGCUGCAGAAAACUGCAGCUCAGGUGAAAAGCCAGGAUUCUGACUGCAGCUCUAACUGCUCAAUAGAGCACAUGAAUGAGGUUCUUAAGAGACAAUUGCUUGUUUGAAUUUCCUCUUUGUGGAUCUGCAACUUGCAUGUGAGAUCAUUCUAGUCUGUUAUCCAAUACUGCCAUUAUUCGCACAAAGUACAGUCUACUGCUAAGGACUGAAAUGACCUGCUGAAAUCUGAAGCACAGCACCAUAUCCAGAUAGUCCUGCUGGAUGUGCAAUCAGAGAUGCUUUUGAAACAGCUGGUUCUAAAAGUGACUUGACUUAUUGUAAAAUUGUAUACGUGCUUAUUUGUCGUACUACUGAUGUGAAAAGUUAUGAAACCCCAAUGUUGAGAUAAAAUCUUGAUGGAAAA